AUGAACAAGGAUUUAGCAGCCAAAUCUGUGACUUCUGUUACUGCCAUAUUCAUAACGGCCACGAUUUUGAUCUGUUUUAUAAUCGUCAAGGUAAGUCUUGAGUUCUCAACCUUCCGUAAAGACUGCUUCUUCUCUGUCAAUUAAAUCGGUCAACCGAAACUCUCAUUUUUUCAAUUUAUAUACUUCCAGGACAUCAACUCGAUGUACAGCGAAAUUAUGGGUGAGAUGGGCGAAUUCAAGACUCUGGCCAACAACGCGUGGAGUGAGAUGAUGAGAGUCGAGAAAUUGCGAGAAGACUCGAUUUUCGGCCCUAUCCGAAAGAAACGUCAGGGCUAUCAACCCGAAACAGCUCAAUGUAACUGCCUGCCACGAUCAAACAAUUGUCCGCCCGGCCCCCAAGGCCCUCCUGGAGAGGCCGGAUUGCCCGGUGAUGACGGAUUGCCCGGACUGGACGGUACGCCUGGCUUUGAUGCUGCUGACAGUGGUUACGGUAGGAGACCUCUUAUCGACAUAGCAAUAUGAUUUUAGAUUCACCUCCGCCCCGGAACUGUUAUCCGUGUCCGGCUGGCCCACCUGGACCUCCCGGGUUUCCAGGCCAACCGGGUAUCCCGGGUCCAAAUGGUAUCCCUGGCUUCCGUGGGCCCGCCGGAAAUCCAGGACGGCCCGGUCCAGCUGGCGAGCCCGGUUUUCCAGGCCAUCCUGGGCUUCCCGGAAAUCCCGGACAGCCAGGCGCACCAGGAGAGUCCGGUACACGAUACAACCCGUUACCUGGAAUGCCAGGCCCGCGUGGACCGCCUGGCCCUCCAGGAGACGCUGGUGCUCCUGGCAUUCCAGCCGCCCCAGGACAACAUGGAAUUUCCGGCCCACCCGGACCUCCCGGCUUGAACGGCGACCCAGGACCCAAUGGGCCUCCGGGCGCUCCAGGCAUUAGCGGAGAACCCGGUGUGGAUGGUGCUUAUUGUCCAUGCCCCGCGAGGUCGCAUUUGCUAAUCCAACAAGCGUUGAAGAAUAUCGAUGAGAACUCCUCGGAAUUUCCUAGUCCAAAGAAUGCGUUCACUACGACAACGCCAAUCCCAGAUCCAUUUCCAGGCGAGGGAGAGCCUACAACUUCGGAAGCAAGCGGAUAUGCACACAAACAAAAUUCGCCAGACUAUCUCGACGAUCAAGUGGAAGUCCAGCCUUCGAAUCAAGUAAAUUUGGAUCGAAGAAUUGCGCUGCAACGAGCUCUGGCCGCAGCGUUUGCAAUAAGGCAAUAA